AUGGCGAACAAUCCGCAGCUAAUUUUUUUGAACGAUAUUAAACCCCGCAAGACUGCAUAUCGCAUUCAAGUGAAGAUCAUUCAUACAUGGAGACAUUUCAUGAAAGACGUUGGAGAAUCUCUGGAACUAAUCCUAUGUGAUGCAAAUGGAACAAAAAUCCAUGCUUCAUGUAACAAGACUUACAUUUCUGAAGUUGGCAAACAUGUCCGUGUUGGAGUAUGGAGAAACAUUGAUCGUUUCAGUGUUAGUGCUGCUGGUGGAGCGUACAGAUCAACUGAUCAUAAGUAUCGAUUAGCUUUUAAUGGCAACACUAAAAUCACGGAAUCUACAUACCGAGAUGACAGUAUGUUCCUUAAUCUGGUUGAUUUCAAAUCCAUAGAGAGUGGUCUUCUUAAUCCCAACUUUCUUAUUGAUGUUAUUGGACAAGUUCAAGACUUGGGUGAUCUCGAAACCAUAGGGUGUAAUGGUGGAAAACAAAGACAGAAGUUGGAGUUUUCACUCGUGGACAUUUGUGGGCAAAGAUUAGCUUGCUGCCUGUGGGGUAAAUUUGCAGAGAAUCUUCACACAGCUAGCCAAGAAACCGAAGGCAUGGUAAUAUGUCUACUACGAUUUGCUAAGAUUGGGCAAUAUAGAGGUGAAUUUCAAAUCUCAAAUUCUUAUGACGCAAGUCAGAUGUUUGUUAAUCCUGAGAUACCAGAAGCAGAUGAGUUUAAACAAAGAGCUAUUGGGGAUUCUCAAGCUUUAACCCUAGCUGAAUCAGAAGAGAACAAGCUUGAGUUGCAAAUGAAGCGAGAUAAACGGAUGCAUUAUCCUCAAAGGAAUCUCCGAGAGCUUUUUGAGGAAACUGAGGAAAAAGUAUGCAGAGUUGUUGCAACAAUCUAUGACAUUGAUACAGAUUGGGGAUGGUAUUACUUUGGCUGUCUAGGUUGUAACAACAAGAAGGUUUUCCCCCACUCCAAAACAGUGAAAAAAAUAAAUGGCAAAGAGACUGUUACACACAUCUGGUGGUGUGAAGCAUGCAGAUCGAAAGUAACCUCUGUUUCACCAAGAUUCAAAAUCCAUUUACUGGUUAAGGAUGAUACUGGUGAAACCCAAUUCCUGUUAUUGGAUUCAAUUGCUACUGGAGUUGUUCCUGCGUCUGCUAAAACCCUACUAAACGGUUCUUGGGAUGAACUUGAAGAUGAUGAUCCAUUCCCCGAGGAAAUUACAAAUUUGGUUGGCCAGACAUUUAUGUUUGGAGUUUACAUUCAGAAAGACAAUGCUUCAGGGGGGUGCUAUAAAGUUGGAAAGGUAUGGAAAGACCUACGUAUGCUAAUGACCUCUGAAAUAUCAGAGAGCUAUUCUGCUCCAGCCCAAGCAAGCGAGGAGCCACUGUUGAUUGAAAAUCAAAGUGAUGAUAUUGUUUCUACUCCUUCUUCCAAGCGAAAAGAAGUCAAUAAGGAAGCACCCGAACUUCAUUCUACCUCUAAAAAGCAGUGCACUAAAGCGAUCAAAAGCGAGAAGAUAAGAAAGGAUAAAUCUGCAUCGAGUUAA